UUUAUUACUGGAAAUCAGUUGAAAGUUCAUGUGAAAGUACAUAUUACAGGUAAACCUUACCACUGUGAUGUUUUUAACAAACAAUUUAUUACUGAAAAUCAGUUGAAAGUUCAUGUGAAAGUACAUAUUACAGAUAAACCUACCACUGUGAUAAUUGUAAAAAGAAUCCAUUACUGA